GUGGGGUUUGGGCUCGCGGCGACGGAGACGGUGAUGGUGGUUGUGAGGAGGGAGGUGCCGAUGCCGAAAGCUCUGAAGAAUGUGGAAGGUAAAGGGAAAGAGGGUAAGGGGAAAGGUACCAAAGACAAGGAUGGUAAAGAGAAAGAUGCUAAGGAGAAGAAUGGCAAGGAGAAGGAUGGCAAGGAAAAUGGUGCAAAGGGGAAGGAGAAAGAUCCGAAAGAGAAGGAUGCCAAGCAAAAAGAUCCUAAGGAGAAGGACGGAGACAAGAAAGCCAAAGAGAAAGACCCUAAGCCGAAAGAUCCUAAAGACAAGGAUGAGAGUAAGCCAAAAACACCUCCCGCGCCCAAGAAGUCGCAAACCGACUGCCAAUACGGCUCAGAGUGUACAGCACUGGACUGCAAAUACAAGCACCCACAGCGCGGGCCAUGUCGGUACGGCGAAGAUUGCAAGAACGACAAGUGCGGGUUUGAACACGGUGCGCGGCAGUGCAAGUUCAAGGUGUGCCGGAAGGCUGGGUGUACGUUUAAACAUCGGGCGGGGCAGAGGGGGAAGGUAAAGGAGUCGACCUGAUUUGGCACAAAGAUUGGGUGAAAGUGGACUGCAGCGUCUACAAGUGUGAUCGGAGGUUUUAAGUGGAUAUAUGUUCUUGUAGCGUCACUUUAAGGGGAGCAUCUUCUAUAAGAUGGGCAUGUUAUUGUAGUAUAUGUCACUACGAGUUGAAGUAGGGAUGGCCUAGCAAUAUGUCUGCUUUUCUGAUACCUGUAAUCUUGAAUGCUAGGUGGUUCUCGGCGAAGAGAUGUGGGAAUGCCUGUAGACACUGGAGAGGGGGAUUUCCACUGUUGUCUUACCAAAACCAUUUUUCAUGUAGACUUUUCAAAGGCAGGUGCAGCACCACACGACAGUGAUAAACUAGAUCAAA